AUGACUUCGAAUUCGAGGUUAGGGUGGUCGGAUUUGGCAGAUCUCGUUGCCUGUAGAAAAGGAUUAAAAAAACAAAUCCCCAAAGAAAACCAGAACAUCAUCGUUGACUCUCCCCUCUGGCCAUCUCCCUUCUGUCCUUCUUUACUCGCCGUUUCCCUCCCGACUUGCCGCCGCCAUUCGGUCUGUAGUUUUCGGUCAUCAUCUUUCUCAGCCUCUUCACUGCUGUUUCAUCCUCUAUCAUCGCUGCUUCAGGUCUCCUUGUCAUCCUUAGGAAGACACAUUACGUAUGGGAUCCUAACAUCGAAGCACAAGUGA